AUCCUCAUUCACCAAUUUCAACAAUGGUUAAUAAUAAAACUGUACUAGUACUUACCACCACAUGUUGAGAAUAGUAAUGUGUAAAUUGGGUUUCAAAUGGUGGUUGGAAAAUCUAUACACAAAAAUAAAUAAAGGUUUUAAGGCCUCUCUUUCCCUCACAACCCAUCCUUUAAAUUGUUGUUUCAUUUCAUUCCAUCCUUAAACCUGUUCUUACUUUUUCCAAUAUCACAAAUAAACACAAAAUAAAAACCAAAAACAUUAAUAAAAGAAGUUGUUUACAACUUCCUGUUUCAUUGCAAAACAAAACAAAAAAAACUACUUUUCAACCAUAAACAUAACCGUUUUUUCCUUAUAAACUCCAAUUACAAGGUGCUUUUCACAAACACAAAGGGUUUAAUAUUGUUUGGCUAAUUCAUGGAUACUAAAAGACUAUAUUUAACCAUCUUUGUAUCAUGGCUUACUUUGUUCCAAGAAAACAUGUUACAUGUCAAUGGUGGACUUAAUUAUAAAGAAGCUCUCACAAAAUCUCUUAUCUUCUUAGAGGCACAAAGAUCAGGGAAACUCCCUCCCAAUAAUAGAGUCCCUUGGAGAGGAGACUCAGCGCUGGACGACGGCAAACUCGCAAAUGUGGAUUUAGCUGGAGGAUAUUAUGAUGCAGGGGAUAAUGUGAAAUAUGGAUUACCUAUGGCUUUUACUGUAACUUCAUUAUCAUGGGCUGCAAUAUUUUACAAAGCAGAACUUCAAGCAACAAAGGAAAUGGGAAAUAUUCAAGAUGCUAUUAAAUGGGGCACAGAUUAUUUUCUAAAAUGUAGCUCUAGAAGAAACAGGUUAUAUGUUGAGGUAGGAGACCCUCAUGAGGAUCACAAUUGUUGGGCUCCACCUGAAAAAAUGAAGACAAAAAGAUCUAUUAAAGUUAUUGAUCCUAAUCAACCUGGUUCUGAGAUUGCUGCUGAAACUGCUGCUGCAAUGGCUUCUUCUUCCAUCGUUUUUAGAUCCAUCGAUCGUAAAUAUGCUCGCAGUCUCCUCAACAAAGCAAAAUUGCUUUUCGAUUUUGCGAAAUCACAUAGAGGAACCUAUGAUGGAACAUGCCCCUUCUACUGCUCCUAUUCAGGCUAUAAUGAUGAACUAAUGUGGGCAGCAGCAUGGCUAUACAUGGCAACAAAGAAACCAGUAUACAUGAAAUAUAUACAAGAAGAAGCAAUUAGUGCUAGUGUUGCUGAAUUCAGCUGGGAUCUUAAAUACGCUGGAGUUCAAGUUCUGUUAACUCAGUUACAUUUUGAGGGUCACAAAGGUCUUGAAACAUUCAAAUUACAUGGCGAAAGUUACAUAUGUUCGGUCCUUCCUGAAAGUCCUUACCAUCAGAUUAAUUUGUCUCCAGGUGGAUAUAUUCAUUUGAGAGAUGGAGCCAACUCACAAUAUGCCACAAGCACAUCAUACUUGUUCACUGUUUAUAGUGAUUUGCUUGCCAAAUAUAAACAAAAAAUCAAAUGUGGAGGCAAAGAAUUCGACUCGUCUCAUCUCCUUGCUUUUGCUAGGCAACAAAUCGAUUACAUACUGGGGAAAAAUCCAGCAGGAAGAUCAUACAUGGUAGGAUUUGGGAAAAACCCGCCGACACAAGCUCACCAUAGAGGUGCUUCAGUGCCAACAUUGGCACCAAAUGAAGAGGUAAGUUGUCCAAUGAGCUUUGGGAAAUGGCUACAAAGAGAUGCACCAAAUCCACAUGAGUUAACUGGAGCCAUUGUUGGUGGACCUGACAUCAAUGAUAAGUUCAAUGACAAACGUACAGAUUCACCUAUGACAGAACCUUGUACAUAUGUUAAUUCUCUUGCUGUUGGAACUCUAGCUAAGCUUGCUUCUUUGGGUUAACUUAACUUGAUUAAUUUCAUGUUAUUAUUGUUAAUUUAAUUACUCCAAUACAGUUGGUAGAAGAGACCUUACUAAAUAUGGUCCAUCAAAUUAGUAGCAGUAUAUAGUAUAUGUAAUUAGUGUGUAAUUUGUUGAUGCCCUUUGUAAAAUAGAUGGGUAAUAAAUAUAUGAACCAUCAUGAUACAAGCAUUUUUUUGAUUUCA